AGGUCGUUGUUAAUUCUUUAAAAUACGAUCGGGGUGUUUUAGUUAAUACUUGCUAAAGGUGUCCCCCCGUCUUACCCAACAUUACCAAAGCAUAUAAAUCCUUUUUAACUCUAACUGGUUGCGAUACAAAGCCGUUUGGAAUUUAAUUAACAAUAACCUUCCAUGACGUCAUGAAUGAGUCAUUGUGCCGAAAAUAUUGAAAAAUUAAGUUUUUAUAACUGUGACCUAAUUAUAACGUAACUAUGACAUCAUAGCUUCGGUUUCCGUUUAAAAAACGAUCUGGCAACACUGUAAGGUCGGGCAACACUGUAAAAGUAGAUGGGGUAUCAUGUGUUGAGUUAGAAUAACAUUUACUUUAGUCCAUUGUUCACAGGAUGUUUCAACAUAAUACAUUAUCAUUGUAUUAUAUGGGCACAGGUGUAUUGGACCGCCAUUAUUGAGGAGGAUGUUACGUAGGGGUCAGAGGUCAACAACCCCCACAACUGUAGCCAGGUGCUGGAAAAUAUUUAGGAAAUUGUGUCGAAAAAGUUUGAAAGUUAUUGUAAAGGUAGUUUUAGCGGGCAGGUUGUACAAGACGUUUAACACGCCGUUGUUUAAAGUGACAACUUCCAACUUUUAUCUAAGAUUUUAUUUGUCUUUCUUAAUGCGAUAACGGAGGCUAAAUUAAUUGAACAAGGAGAAGAAUCAGCAGCAAAACAAUGUCGUUAAAACACGCUAGAAAUACACUGUUGUUUCAAAAGUUUCAAAAGAAAUUUAUGAUUUCCACUUGAGAAUUUAGUUCCGUGUUGUUGUGUAUUCUCGCUUUAAGUGUUUUACAAUUUUAAGUUAGAUGAAAAUAGAUAAAUAAGUCCGGUUUUUCUUUUAUGCGCGUUUGGACUUUUUAAGAUAAACGUUUUUUUCAACAGUACAGUCGUUAAACGCCAACGAUAGAAGUGAAGCAUCUUUCGUUGAAAUCAAUAUAAAGGUUUAACAUUGAACUAGUUGAUUCCAGGUUGACCAUGUUUUGGCUAUUAUUAAUAUUAGGUGUAUUGGUUCCAUACGUUCAAUCGUGCCCAUCUCAAUGUACAUGUUUAGCACAAGUUGUCAACUGCCAACAUCAAAGUUUAAAUUCACUGCCGUCAGAUGGCGCCAUACCCACCGACACGUUACAGAUGACUUUGUCCGACAACGACUUCACAACUUUGACGACCGACAUGUUUUCCACCUUCGCCGAUCUACAAAAGUUAACAAUCGAGCGUUCCAACAUAGCUACAAUCGAAGCCGGUGCGUUCAACGGUCUUACCUCACUUACUGAGCUAUCCCUGGCUUCCAAUGCUAUUACGUCACUACCUGAUGACGUAUUUGCAUCGCUGACGUCACUACAAACGUUAAAACUCAGCGACAACUCGAUGUCUACGAUUGGUCGAAGAUUCUUCAGCGGUUUGACGUCAUUGACCACUCUUGAUGUCACAAACGCUGGUGUUGACGUCAUAGAAGAUAAUUCGUUUAACGAACUAUCUUCUCUUACGUCACUGGAGUUAGGAAGCAACAGUAUGACGUCACUGGGCAGCGACACCUUCAAGGGUCUGACGUCACUUCCGACACUAAACGUCCAAUUAAAUUCCAUCAGCUCGAUGACGUCAGGAGUGUUCUCACCAAUGACGAGCCUUCAAGUGAUCAACUUAUCGGGAAACAAUAUAACAACAAUCAACACUGGUGUGUUCAGCUCGCUCAACAAUCUCGAACAAAUCAAUUUACAAUCGAACCGGAUAUCCGGUUUGUCCGGAAGUAUGUUUACGUCACUUCCUGCGCUCGAGACAAUGAACCUCCGCGGGAACGAAAUAUCUUCCGUUAAUUCCGCUUUUUCCUCGGUCACCAACAUCCGUAACCUGGAUCUUUCCAAGAACGCUUUCACGAACAUUCCAUCCAGUGUUCUCAUCACAUUAGGAAACCUCAGAACGUUGGAUUUCAGCGAGAACCAGAUUGUGGAGAUUGCGGCGUUCGCUUUCGCGGGGUUAGCGAACUUGGAAACAUUAAACUUCCGGAAUAAUUUACUUCCGUUGGCGGAAAACGGUGUAUUUGGCGGAAUGAGUAAAUUAGUGACGGUGGAUCUUUCGUUCAAUCUUUUCACUGCAGUUCCAACCGACGCUUUCGAUGGUAUCGUGGGCGCCACUCAAGCUCAAGAAAUUCUACUAAACGACAACCAGAUAGCGAACGUCGCCUCAAACGCUUUCGCGAGUUGCCAAAGCUUACGAACUCUUGACCUCCGACGUAAUAACAUGACGUCACUAUCCGCUAACUCAUUCACAAGCCUUCCACAAAUGCGCACGAUAUAUUUAUCCGACAACCUGAUAACGGCCCUCCCCUCUUCCGCCUUCACCUCCAUGCAACGACUUGAGGUCAUCCAUCUACAACGAAACCAGAUCCAACUCGUUCAAACCGGUUCCUUCCAAGAUUUGUUGGAGAUGACGUCAUUAGACCUUAGCAAUCACGUCAUCACCGACGUAGAAGACGGCGCAUUCUCGAAUCUUCCAUUGUUGACGUCACUAUUGCUCAACAACAACCAACUUCCGGUCGUUCCAAAAGCCGCGCUUACCGUUCUCACAUCGGUUCAAACGUUGGACAUGGAAAACAACCUUAUCACCGCAUUGAACGAUGUGAAAAUGUUCGGUGAUAUGACGUCAUUAACCACGUUGAAGUUACGUCAUAAUAAAAUAGCAACAAUAGCGGUCGAUUGUCUUGAAGGUCUAACUUCACUCAUCAGUGUUGACCUCGGGUUUAAUAAAUUGACUGGCAUCACUGGGACGAUUGCGUCAUCACUGACGUCACUCACUACUGUAAACUUUGAAAGCAAUCUGAUGACGUCCAUUGCUACGUCAUCCUUCACUGGAAUGACGUCUCUUCAAUCCCUUGACCUUUCGUUGAACUCGUUGCCAUCGUUACCAGAGGGUUUGCUUGGUGACGCACAGUCGUCAUUGACGAGUUUAAAAUUGACCGGAAAUCCCCUAAGUUGCGACUGCGACCUCAAGUGGUUGCAAACCGACUUCCAAUCCUCCGCUAGUGGGGGUGUGUGUGCCGCCCCACCAACCGAAGUUGAUAAUACAUUGGGGACUGGGGGAACUUGGAUCCCACCCGUGUCUUGUGUUGAGGAAACUACAACUGCUGACGUCACUACUCCUGACGUCACGACUGCUGACGUCACGACCGAUGACGUCACAACAGAAGCUCCGGAGCCCGAAACUACCCCAGUUGGGGUGAUUCCCCUCACCAUCGUCACAAUCCCCUCCCCAGUUGAGGUCGACGUUGGUGACGUCAUCAACAUGACGUGUGUCGUCAUAGGAACCCUCACACCUACUAUCACGUGGGCUGAUCCGGCUGGUAACGUCAUAACUAACGGAGGACACUACGUCACGAACUCAGUUACAGGCGACCUACGUAUCACGGGUGUGACGUCAAACAUGGCGGGAAGUUACUUCUGCAACGCUGACAAUGCAGCUGGUGACAAACAAUCGAUACAAAUUGACGUCACAGUCAGGUUCCCACCUUCCAUAGUGACGUCACAACCAGCCAUUGUAACCGCGGGGCCAGCCGCGACGAUUCACUGUGACGUCAACGCGUAUCCCUUGGCAACGAUCACGUGGUCCGUUCCCACCACCACCGUCAUAAUGGGUAACAGCACUGGUAGUUUGAUAGUAACAUCGGGAGGAACCUUACACAUGGCUGGCCGUGAUAGCGACGAUACAGGGGUAUAUACAUGUACAGCCAACAACGUUAUGGGGGAAGAUCGUAAAUCUACUUUCAUAUUCUUCUAUAAUCAAACGUCGAGUUACGCAACAGCGACACACAGCGGCGUGGUUGGCGACCCAGUCAUUAUGACGUGUGGCGGGUUAACAAUGGAAUCUGACGUCGCGUUUUCGUGGCGACUUCCUUCCGGUCACGUGAUCCUAACCUCCCCCCACCUACCUGGGACCGCUUACAUCUCAUUGGCUGGCAACGUCCGUUACCAUGGCGAUGGAAGUGCGCUGACGUCAGAGAUCGAAUCCAAGUUCACCCUCAACAAAGCAACAGGCGCUUUGGGGAUAAAUAGCCUCUCGAUGACGUCAUCAGCUAGUGACGUCAUCACGACGCAACUGGGGACGUACACGUGUCAAACUUUGAGGGGUGUGUUUAAUAAUUUAGUGAUUGAUUCUAGGGUUUCUACGACGACGAGUACUAUAACAACUACCACUGUUACUACCACCGUGACGUCAUUAAUACCUCAAUUGUAUGAAUUCUCGCUGACCGGGAUAUCUAUUUAUUACGUCAUAUUGGGUAGCAUUCUACUUUUCUUGUUACUUUUGUUUAUAAUAUUCUUCGUGAAACGUCAUCAGCAUAGAGAUCAGUAUCAACACAAGGUUUUAACACCAGAGUAAUUUAUAUUGUUUCUAUUUUGAUGACGUAUCGUUUGCCUUCGAUUAAUGAUGUUCCAUUGUGACGUGGCGUUUGCGCGAUUUGUAAAUAAAUUUUAAGAAAUUUAAAAGCUAAAAAA